CCAUCCAGCUGCUUUCUGCCCGAAUGGCCCUGGCUCAGCUGCGGCUCUGCUCUCUGUCCUCCCAGCCAGCAGAUGCCCCCAGACCCCCGGCUCCUCCUCCUCUGCCGUCACAGCCUCGUCCUCUCCCCCUCCUUCCUGUUGCCUUGAUCCGGGCCCUGGGCUGUGGGUGCCAAGGCGCCCGAGGCUUCCUGGGGCGUUACGCUAGGAUGGCAUUAGCUCUGUGUCUGCAGGUGCUGUGCAGCCUAUGUGGCUGGCUUUCACUCUAUGCAUCUUUCUGCUACCUGAAUAAGCACCGAAGCUAUGAGUGGAGCUGCCGGCUGGUGACAUUCACCCAUGGAGUGCUCUCAAUAGGCCUCUCAGCUUAUAUUGGCUUCAUUGAUGGCCCAUGGCCUUUUACUCAUCCAGGCUCACCCAACACAACUCUCCAAGUUCAUGUUCUGUGUCUUACCCUGGGCUACUUCAUCUUUGACUUGGGUUGGUGCAUCUACUUCCGGUCUGAGGGUCCCUUGAUGUUGGCUCACCACACACUGAGCAUCUUGGGCAUCAUCAUGGCCCUAGCGCUUGGGGAGUCAGGCACGGAGGUCAAUGCAGUCCUCUUUGGAAGUGAGAUCACCAACCCCUUGCUGCAGAUGCGCUGGUUUCUCCGUGAAACAGGGCACUAUCACAGUUUCGCUGGAGAUGUGGUGGACUUCCUCUUUGUGGCUCUGUUCACUGGAGUGAGGAUUGGUAUAGGAGCUCGCCUCCUUUUCUGUGAAAUGGUCUCACCCACCCCCAAGUGGUUUGUGAAGGUCGGAGGAGUAGUGAUGUAUGCUGUGUCUUGGUGUUUCAUGUUUAGCAUCUGGCGCUUUGCUUGGAAGAAAAGCAUCAAGAAGUACCAUGCCUGGAGAAGCAGACGAAGUGAGGAACGGCAGCUGAAGCAUAAUGGACAUCUCAAGAUACACUAGCCAAGGCUUGCUGCAGGUAGCAGAACCAGUGAAGACAGCUAUAGGAACUGGGUCGGAAAUAAGACUGUUAACAGAAUCAUGUUUAGAAAAAACUUAGAUUUCCAGAAAGGGCUAAAAUUAUUGGUCACUUUGGUUAGUCUUCAAUCCAAGCAUACAGUAUUAAAACACUAGAUUCCAUAGUGACAGUUAUUGAAAGUGAGAAUUGUCAAUGGUGGGUGGGAGAGGUCAGAGUUGUGAGGUGAGAACAGCUGGCAUUCCUUUUUGUGUGUGAUAACCCUAGGUCCUCUUGUCCUAGGAAGAUUUGAUAUGCAGACAGCUUUGAAAGGAAACGAUAAGUGCUGUUUCUUGUUCCUUUGAGAAGUAACUCCUUCAAUAUAUACUUAUUCUUGCUUUCCAUGUAGCAAUUGGUGCAACUUUACUGCAUGAUCUGUUAAGUGAGGGAGUUUGUGGAAGAACAUGCCUUUGACAUUCUGAGCAUUGCAUCAGGAAGUUGGAUCUGCUUUAGAAAAAAAAAUGUUUAAUAUCUACUGUGUCACAGGUCCCUGAGACCACCCCCCCCCCGGUUCCAUGGUUCUCUAGGAACAUUUACAGAACACAGCAUAUAGGCUUACAGUUUUGAUUUACGAUAGUGAAAAACACAAAGGAAAAUCAGCAAAGGGAAAAAGUACUGGGGUCAAGGUACCAUUGAAACCAAGCACAAGCUUCUAGAGUCCUCUCUCAUUUGGAUCCCACAAGAUGUGCUUCAUUUCUUUAUCAGUGACUUCUGACAAUGGGUAAAAGUUUGCCUACCAGGGAAAGUCAUUAAGGACUUGAUAUCCAAGGUCUGUGUUGGGGACAGGUUAUACUGGCAGACUCUGCCUGGCACAUAGCAAAAUUCAAGCUCCCAGCAGGAAAUCAGGCACUCAGUUUAAGCCGUAUUGUUUGACCAGACAGUUUAGGUGCAGUUGCCAGUUGUAUCAUUUAAUGCUGGGAGUCCUUCCCACCCUUCAGAAAUCUAAGUUCUCAGAUGCCGGCCAUUGGCCAGCCUUGCAAGCAGUCCUUUCCAAGGAUAGCAGUUAAGGUCUGCUGCAUUAACUCUUCUGCACAAAAAUCAUACAGCUAGGGCUUUGGGUGCAGGAUGAAUGAAGUGUGGGUAGACUUACCAAGUACUGUUGUACGGGUUCUGCCCUACCAGGAAAACUAUGCCAGUUCUCAGGGCUUUUGUUCAUUAAUCUUCUAGGCAUGAGAGGCUAUGACUAAAUUCCAUAGGGAUUUACCAUGUGGAUUCCACUGUGCUUGAGAUGGGAGUUCAGGUUACAGCUUGGCUGUACAUAUUGCAAACUAGAACCAAAGACUUUAGUAUGGUACUGGUCUCAGGGUGAUAGGGCUAAUUUUUUAAAAUUCUUUUUUAAAAAUUUCAGAUAUAUCCCCUUUCAGUACUCUUACUACUUUUUAAUCCUUUCUGUAAAACAGGUGCAUAUCCUUAAAGACAAACUACUAUGACAAGGCCAGUCUUGGAAGAAAAAAAAAUUUAUUUGUGUGAUGGUCUCUAAUCUCACAUAGAAGCAAGAAUACAGGCUUAGAAUACAGGUUAGGAGUUAAGAAUUCCUGGAUUUUUUAAAUUAAUUUUGCUGUUCAGUUGCCAGAUCAUUUGGUCAGUUUACUUAUUUAAUGUCUUCUAAACCUGUUGUGAAUGAAUGAAAUAUUCUGUUGUGUGUUUCAUAGAGAUAUGGGAAAUUCUGUUAAUGAAUGUCUCUAAUGCUUUUAUGAAAAAAUGAAGUUUUGCUUAUUUAUUCAUUAUUUAUUUUUACCAUGUUAUUUAGAACAGUGGUGAUUGGUUAGCUCAGUUGGUAAGCAAGUAAAUGGUGCUAUUGAAUCAAGACCAAUGAUUAGCAGCAAAUGCCAUUUCACUGGUCACUGGUGAUACUAAUCUAAUGAGUGACCUUGAAAAUGGAUGUCAGUGGCUACAGAAACAAGGCACGAGAGAGUGGCUGGAACCACAUAGUCAUUACUGCACAAGGAAAAGCAACUUGAAAGUUACAUUAACAGUGAUCAUUUUAAGACGCCUAUCAUUUAAACAAUUUUGGUGGGCAUUUAAAUAAUUCAGUAGAUAUAGCAUCUCCACCUCUAUUUCUAUGAUUAGUGUCCCUAAAAUGCUGGUGAGCUUCUUUCAGGCAAAAUUGUGGGCAAAAUAGGAUGCUAGGAAAUGCUGAUUUCAGCAAAAGCCUAAUAGAAAAGAGUGGCUUGGCACAUGAACUUAAGGAAAAAA